AUUUAUAAGUUUUUGAAUGAUAAUUCGCUGCUAUCUAAACAUCAAUCUGGCUUUCGGCCUAAGCAUUCAACUUUAACAACACUCAUUCAAAUGUGUGACACACUUUAUGAGAACAUGGAUAAUGGUCAGCUGAGUGGUGUUGUUUUCCUUGAUAUUAGAAAAGCUUUUGAUUCUAUUGAUCAUACAAUCUUAUUGCAAAAGAUGAAUGAUCAAUUUGGAAUAAAAAAUGUGGAACUGGAUUGGUUUAAGUCCUAUGUAACUAAUAGAGAGCAAGCAUGCAUUGUCAACGGUGCAAUGUCAUCACCUAAAACGAUUGUGUGCGGAGUUCCGCAGGGAUCAAUUCUUGGUCCCCUGCUGUUUUUAUUAUAUAUUAAUGAUUUACCCAAAUGCCUCGAAAAAACUUCGCCACACCUAUACGCUGAUGAUACUCAAAUUUUUACUUCUGCCAAAACUAUUGAGGAACUUACUGAAAAUCUAAAUAAUGACCUGAAAAAAGUCG